UCAAAGUUUGUUUAUUCGCGGAAUGCAGUGUGUGAUGAAAACGUGUUAGUAACUAACCCCCCUUUUUCUCCACUAAUAAUAAUCAAAUGAAACCGAUUGGGACGUCGGAUCACACCGUGGACUUUUGGGAACGCGUACCGGUGCCAUUUACGCACGGAACAUGCUCGCGCGACGCUGCGUUUCAGCGCACCGGGAGCCUCGCGUGAAACUCUUCAGAGAGUAGGUGUCGGUGUGCAACAACGCAACAAGAGCCGAAUUACUACGGUCUUAAUGCAAGAGCGGAGGACGGACUACCCGAGUUGUAGAGAGAAGAAAGUUGGCUGGAGAUCGCGGAGGUUUGAUCCGCGAGCGUCCACUCUGUCCACAUCUACGGGAGGAGAGAAAAAAAGAAAAGAAAAACUGUGAUCGCUGCUUGAUUAAUGUGAAAGAUUGAAAGAUACUGUCGCGGGCAUGCGCUCGAGAUGCUGACAUUCCCCUGUAGUAGUCAAGAUAAGCUUUGACUUGGCUAACAGAAGGGGUUAAACCGUAUCUAAAGGGAGUUUGGAAAACCCAGCCUUUCUUCCCCAUACGGAUCAACUCAUUGGGUGGGAGCUGAGAGAGAGACAAGAGUCCCCAGCAAAUCAGGAGCUAAUUGAUUAAAGAGACUUCAUUUGAAUAGGAGGGGGGCUGGCGAGGUGCCAAUCGCCUUUCAAAGAAGCCCCCCCGUAUGAUUAAUCGCAGAGCAUUAUUGAUAAUCAUAACGGGGCACAUGCGCGGUGGAUGGGCUCGAUUUACGUAAUUUUUGAGAGGGUUUUGUAGUCAUUUUUUUAUUCUUUGCUUGCUGAUGUGCCAGCCAGCAUGUCGCGGAGGAAACAAGCGAAGCCGCAACACUUCCAAUCCGACCCUCAUCUGCCUUUACCGGAGCACAAUGGGGACACAGAACUUUGCUCAGAGGACCCCCCCUGCAAGGAGUCAGACGCCCACGUCUGUAGCAGAUGUUGUGCUGAGUUCUUUGAACUAUCGGAUCUUGAGGAGCACAAGAAGAAUUGCACUAAGAAUCAGUUAGUUCUGAUAGUGAAUGAAAAUCCUGCCUCCCCCACCGGAACUUUCUCGCCUGGGUCUCCUCCCCAUAAUCCCGAUGACCAGAUGAAUGACACAGCUAAUAACACUGAUCAAACAGAGUGUAGUGACCUUUUGGAGCAUAACACUCUUGAAAAAGACGAAUCCAUGGAUGUGGAUGUUUCCGGGAUGAGCAGUGGUCAUGAAGAGGAAGGCAGUCAUACAGAGAGUGGGAGCCCCAUCAACGCAGUCAGCAGCCACGGUGGCAGGGGCACCUCUGGCCCUGCAGUAGGUACUUCAGCUAUCUCUGCCCCUCUACCUCAGCUCAGUAACCUGACUGAACUGGGAAACUUCUCCAUGAUCAACAGCAAUGUCAUAAUUGAAAAUCUUCAAAGCACCAAAGUGGCUGUGGCCCAAUUCUCCCAAGAGGCCCGUUCCACUGGGGGCCCCAGGGUGGCAGUGCCAGCCCUGAUGGAGCAACUCCUAGCCCUACAACAGCAACAGAUACACCAGCUGCAGCUUAUCGAGCAGAUUCGUCAUCAGAUACUGCUACUGGCCUCCCAGUCCCCAGAAUUGCAGGUGCCCCCAACUUCUGCUCCAGGCACAAUGGGGCCUGCUGCCAGCCCACUGACCACACUCAGCUCACAUCUCUCCCAACAGCUGGCUGCAGCCGCAGGCCUAGCGCAGAACCUGGCUAGUCAGUCAGCCAGUAUUAGCAGCCUAAAGCAGCUGGCUGCAGCGGCACAGCUACCUCAGUCCAACCCAAGCACCAGUGAGACAUCUCAGAGCAUUAGCACACUGGGGCCGUCAACAGUCAAUGCCCAGUCUUCUGACAAGAGACCGAGUCAUAUGAGUAGCCUCCACUCUCAGCUCAGCAACUCCUCACUAGCUAAGUCAUCCACACCAGCAUUUGGAAUAGGUAGCUUGUUAAGCUCUGCAGUGAAUCCCCUUCUACCUCAGCCCCCACCUGGAAACCCCAUGUUCUCCAGCUCUCUGCCGAGUGUUGGCACCACCGUCGAGGACCUCAACUCUUUAGCAGCUUUGGCUCAGCAGAGGAAAGGCAAGCCGCCAAACGUCACUUCAUUUGAACACAAGAGCAGCUCUGACGAUGCUUUCUUCAAGCAUAAGUGCAGGUUUUGUGGCAAGGUGUUUGGGAGUGACAGUGCCUUGCAAAUCCACCUGCGCUCCCACACUGGUGAGAGACCAUACAAGUGUAAUAUCUGUGGCAACCGCUUCUCCACCCGUGGUAACCUGAAGGUGCAUUUCCAGCGUCAUAAAGAAAAAUAUCCACACAUCCAGAUGAACCCCUACCCUGUUCCUGAGCAUUUAGACAACAUACCAACAAGCACCGGCAUUCCAUACGGCAUGUCUAUGCCCCCUGAGAAACCUGUCACCAGCUGGUUGGACAGCAAACCAGUUUUGCCCACUCUGACUUCCUCAGUCGGCAUGCUGUUGCCACCAACCAUGCCAAGCCUGCCGCAUUUCAUCAAAAAGGAAGAUCAUUCAAUAGCCAUAACUAGCCCUUCUGUUACUGCAAAGAGUGACUCAGGUGCUGCUGAGCCUUCAACUAAAAGUAAUGAUGGAGUGUCUGAAGAGGGUGAAGGUGCAACUCUGCCUACCUCAAAUGGGAAAACUGAAGAAGGCAGCCACUCCUCAGGCUUAAUGACAAAUGUGAGCUCUGCUUCAGAGAGCACAGCUGAGUACACAACAUCUAACAGCCCGCCCAUGAUGACCAACCCACUCAUGCCACUUAUGUCUGAUCAGUUCAAGGCUAAGUUCCCCUUUGGAGGCAUUCUGGAUCCUCUCCAGGGGUCAGAGACCUCCAAGCUGCAGCAGCUUGUGGAGAACAUUGACAGGAAGGUGACGGACCCAAAUGAAUGUGUCAUCUGUCACCGAGUGCUGAGCUGCCAAAGUGCUCUGAAAAUGCACUAUCGCACUCAUACUGGGGAAAGGCCCUUUAAGUGUAAAAUCUGUGGCAGGGCAUUUACCACCAAGGGGAAUCUUAAGACCCACUACAGUGUCCACAGGGCCAUGCCUCCUCUUAGAGUCCAACACUCCUGCCCUAUCUGUCAGAAGAAGUUCACAAAUGCGGUGGUUCUACAGCAGCAUAUCCGUAUGCACAUGGGUGGGCAGAUCCCCAACACCCCUCUGCCAGAAAGUUACCCAGAGUCCAUGGCCUCUGACACUGGCUCAUUUGAGGAGAGAAACUUUGAUGAUCUGGACAAUUUCUCUGAUGACAACAUUGAAGGAAUGGAGGAGGGCCCAGAUAGCAGUGUGCCAGACACACCCAGGUCAGCUGACGCCUCUCACGACAGUCUAUGUAACUCCCCAGCUGGUCAUGAAAUGGUUAUCCAGGAGGGGCAAGAGAAAAAUGGCCAAGAAAAUACUAACAGCAAUGAAACAGAGGAACUACAAGCCAGCCAAAUGAAGGCUAUGGCAAAUGGCUUAGUUGAGGGGGAUUGCCUCACCAAUGACUCCUCUUCACUGGGAGGGGAUGUUGAAAGCCAAAGCGCCGGGAGUCCAGCUGUGUCAGAAUCUACCUCCUCCAUGCAGGCGCCAUCCCCCACUAGCAUGCAGCCACAACCACGUAAAUCCCCCAGCCUUGAAGAAAGGCAGCAGAGGGCCUUAUCCUUGGAGCAUACCAGUGCAAGCCUCUUGCAUUCUCAUCCCUCCAACAUCGGAGCCCUGGACCUGACAUCUGUCAAUCCCUCAAAAGAUUCCCUGGGCAUGAUAUUCCCCUUCCGUGAGCGCAGCACCAUCAAGAACACAUCCUGUGACAUCUGUGGAAAGACCUUUGCUUGUCAGAGUGCCUUGGACAUUCACUAUCGAAGCCAUACCAAAGAACGACCAUUUAUUUGCACGGCCUGUAACAGGGGUUUCUCCACCAAGGGCAACCUGAAGCAGCACAUGCUAACCCAUCAAAUGAGAGACCUGCCCUCCCAGCUCUUCGAGCCGUCAAACACCAGCCUGUCCUCCAGCCCAACCCCUUCCCUCCUCUCCGUAGGCUCUCUUAACAAACCUGAGGUCAAUGGCUUCCUCCACAGCCUCCACCCAGACAAGGACAUGCCCCCUGGCUUGGUCACAUCAUCUGCCUCCACUUCUCCAGUGCUUUCCGCUGCUCCGCCACGCAGGACACCCAAGCAACACUUCUGCAACACCUGCGGGAAGUGUUUCUCCUCCUCCAGUGCUCUACAGAUCCACGAGAGAACCCACACAGGGGAGAAACCCUUUGCUUGCAGUAUCUGUGGUCGGGCUUUCACCACCAAAGGAAACCUCAAGGUUCACAUGGGCACACACAUGUGGAACAGCGCUCCUGCCAGACGAGGCCGCAGGCUCUCAGUGGAUGGGCCAAUGGCCUUCCUGGGUACCAACCCAGUGAAGUUUCCUGAGAUCUUUCAGAAGGACAUGGCAUCAAGGGCGAACAAUGGGGACCCAGCCAGUUUCUGGAACCAGUAUGCUGCAGCCUUCUCCAAUGGCCUAGCAAUGAAGACAAAUGAAAUCUCUGUCAUCCAGAAUGGUGGCAUCCCACCAAUGUCAGGUGGUGUAGGAAACGGGGGCAGCUCUCCCAUUGGUGGCCUGACAGGCAGCAUAGACAAGCUACACAGCAUGGAGCCCAACGCUGCUCUCGCUGGUCUGGAGAAAAUGGCCAACACAGAGAACGGGGCCCACUUCCGUUUCACACGUUUCAUGGAGGACAAUAAAGAAAUUGUCACCAGUUAGAGUGUUAUGUCUUGAGCUGCGCACAGACACAUGAAGAUGCCUGAAGGCAUACUGUACACAUAUGUAGACACACACAGAAGAGGAGAAAGAAAGAGAACAAGACAGGGACAAAAUCAACUGAACUGCUUUGCUCGCCAUUGAAUCUUUACGAACAUGAGUGUGAAGACAAGUUGCUUUUUUGUACAAUGUACAUGUUAUAGUUUUAAGGAGCUUAUUUAUUAGUGAUUAUAACCUUGCUUGAAACCAAGUGGAAGCAUUAACAGUUAGGUUUUUGUUUGUUUUAAAGCCAGAAUGGGUAUGUAUGGGUGCUUUAAAAAUGUGCUUUUGAAACUUAGAAUAUCUGGGUAGAUAACCUUACCUUGGCAUUAAGUUAUUUUCUGUCUGUAGUAGCUAUAACCGAACUGUCGAUGUUCAUGUGAUGCAUUAGCCCUGUAAUAAGCAAACAGUUUUGCUGUAAAUAAUGUACACUGAUCUUCUAUAGAUGGUCUAACAUCUGUGUGUUCAUGCCCCCGCUCCCCUCAUCAACACGAUACAAUGAAAUUCAGGCAGGGGACUAAAUGAUGUGCUAGUUCCUUUCUUUCCAAAUUUUAUUUACCUUUAUUUUAUUUAAGGAAGACAAAACAUUGAAGUUUGCUACAUUUCAAGGGUUUCUUUAGUGUUAACUCGUUUUGUUGUUACUGUUUCUGUGUAUUGUACUUUCUACUUUUUGUUUACUUCCAUAUUUUUUUUUCCCUCAAUCUCUCUUUUUUCGUGGCUCGUAUUUUGGUGUUGUUGAAAGCAAAGACAGUUGCUAAAAGGGGAACAUUCGGUCUGGCCUAUUGCCUGGUUUUUGGAACGGAGACAGCCAAUCAAAUGAGCAGGAUUCUCCUUUAGUCUCUCAGCUGGAUUUCCACAUUGCUGCUAUGUCCCAGCAUCCUCACUGACAUCAAGUGCAAAGUUACGUGUUGAAGCUUCUGUAAAUUCGUUCAGACGUGGAAAUACAAGCUCCCUCGUAAAGAAAAUGUACAUAUAACUCACACGAGAGAAGUCCAUCACGGCCAGGGGACAAAAUGAUGAUAGUGUUUUUAUAAAUAUAAAUAUAUAUUGGGUUUGAAAACCUUCGGACUGUUACAUGCACUUUCUUGGAAAGUUGGAAGAUCUUUAUGGGUCCAGUUUCUCUACACUUUAAUACCUACUAACAACUAAGAUACUGUAAUUCUUUACUCUAAUAAUCAAAUACAUCAGUUUUCCAAAAGAAA